AUGCCACAAUUACCACCACCAACCACAAAAGAGCAUAAUACCCACCAAAUGAUCACUAUAUCGAAAUCUGGUGUAUCAAAUCCAAAAACCUUUCUGGCCAAAACAGUAAACAAUAUUGAUUUAACAAAAGAAACCCCAACUAUAGUUCAACAGGCAUUACAAUGCCCUUAUUGGAAGGAGUCCAUGGACAAUGAAAUCAAGGCUCUCUACAAGUAUAAUACUUGGACACUAAUAGAUCCACCACUAAAUGCAACAAUAGUGGGUUGUAAAUGGGUUUUUGCAGUAAAGAAAAAUCAACAUGGUGAAAUUCUUAGGUACAAAGAUAGAUUAGUUGCCAAAGGAUUUCACCAAAUUGAAGGCAUUGACUAUGAGGAAGCCUAUAGUUCUGUUGUACGGCCUAUCACAAUUCGAAUAAUCAUAACAAUAGCAUUAACACAAGGCUGGGUUACGAGACAAUUUGACUUUGAUAAUGCCUUUCUCAAUGGCAAAUUAGAAGAUAAAGUGUUUAUGCAGCAACUCCCGGGCUACACAACUCAGAAUUCUACAAGAGUGUUCAAGCUACACAAGGCCCUAUAUGGUCUUAAGCAAGCCCCCAGAGCAUGGGAUGAACCAGUCAAAACCAAUGCCAACAUCAAUGGUGUCUUCAUUAAGAUUGCACAAGAAUGA